CAGGCAAGGAUGCAGGGCACGCAGGCAGCCAAUAGUCAGCUCUGUAACAUUGCCGCAGUGCAGUCUUGGAAACAUCGGAUAUAGCAGAGUGUAGAUAAUUUUUUGUUGGUUGGAAACAGCAAUGAAACGUUUGAAGCAACAUGUUCCUUGUCAGAUAAGAUUCAAUUGUGCAAUGUCUCUUACUUCUGUAUCCAACAUGGUGUGCAGUCUGAGUCUACGUCAUGUCAUGCCCCGCCUUUUCCAGUAACUCCAUCCGAAAUUACAUGGAAAAACACAUUGGGAAGGGAUAAGCAGCAGGAGCCUCGAGUUGUAAACAUAUCUACUGGUUUUUCUUUACUAAUUAUUUGAAGACGUAACGGAUUGUGAUAUCUACACAGGUAUCCUCAGACCCCAUCAGUCCACGUAUCCUUCAGGAUGUCAAUGUCUCUGUGGCCGUAGAGUGUUAACCAGUACCUCAACAUCAUCACAGACAGCCCCUUAUACUGCAACCAUGACCCAUGCCUGGCCCAUGCCUGGCUCCAGCUCCAGCCAUAUCCACAAGCUAAAGCCGUGGCUCAUCUGCACACUGCUCAGCCUCUUUGCUACACACAGCCACUGCAAUGGUGGUCUAGAUAUACCCCAAGAGGUGAACCUGUUAGCCAACAUUGACUCGCAUCGGAGUCAGCAACUCUCCAUGUCCUGGCUCGGAGGGACAGCGAGCACCUUUGACCUCAUCGUUCUGAGAACUGAAUUCAAUGAAACCGUCUUCUAUGAAACUGUGACAGCGACCCAGGAAAAUGGGCGGCACCACUGGAACUGGACCUCAGCCGAGCCCCUUAAUUGUACGUCUCUGUCUGUCAGACUGCGUUCCAGAGACGGGAAGAAGACCAGCGAUUGGAGCACCACUGUGAUAUAUCGAGGUUUGGAUGACCCCAGCCAGACGGGAUCUAGGAUGAUUCCUCAGGACCCAGUGGUACUGGUCGGAGACAACAUCACUGUCUGUUGCAUUGUGGGAGAGCGCAAGGAUUUUGGCAACAUUCGCUACAAUAGCACUGUCAUGGAUUCGGUGCGGCUGAGUAGGCGGAGCUAUGCAACCACAAAGACCAAUCUGAAGGCCUCCACGUUGACGGGAACCAAUGUGUUCUGUAGUAGUCCCCUGAACUUGCUCACGGGAACCGUGGUGUUUGUCGGAUACCCCCCCCUGCCCACGGAUCUAGUGUGUGAGACCAGGGACCUGACCUCUGUGAUCUGCCAAUGGAGCCCUGGAAACACACACCUGCAUGCUUCUCGAAGGACGUUCUACACACUCAAUGGAAGGGACUGUGCAGAGGCCAUCCCGAAGAAGCCGCCGACGGACUGUAGGCUACCUGAGUGGGCAGGUAACUGGAUCCUGGUGGCCAGGAACCCUCUGGGGCAGUCCAGCCUGAGCUACUCUGCUCAGCUCUCACACAGAGUGCAUCCUGUUGCCCCAGCCAACCUGACCGCCGUGGCCCAUGCCUGGAACGCAACACUGCUGUGGGACUGGGAGUACGCCGCCUACGCCCCACUGGCUCUCGCCUGCCAGGUCGAGAUCACGCUCGACGGCCACGUCAAAAAGCGGACCUUUUCUGGUGCGGGUCUGAGGUCGGUAGCCCUUCUGGACCUGGUUCCAGUGACCGAGUAUCAAGUCAGGGUCAGCUGUGGAGCCCAGCAGAACUUCUGGAAGUGGGGCUCCUGGAGCAAAACACUGGCAUUCAGAACUGAAAUCGACGUGCCCGAGGCUCCUGAUCUCUGGGUGUCCCUUGACAAGGACAACACAGGGAAUGUCAUGGGGCAGGUCAUGUGGAAGCCCCUGACACAUAGGCAAAGCCACGGAGAGAUCACGGGCUACGAGCUGACCCUGUGGAGCCCGGAGGAAAACGUGCAGCACACGGAGACCCUGGCCCCCGGCAUCCACGAGACACCCGUUAACCUCACCCACAUGGCCGUCGCAGGCCGGGUCGUGGCUACACUCACGGCCAAGAACGCGGCCGGUGUGUCACCACCUGCGAGCAUCGUCAUCCCAAAACCUAAAUCGGACCCAGAGCCCGGCGCCGUGUCCAGAGUGGCGGGCGCAGGCGGAGGUUUCCCUCUGUCCUGGGCCAGCGACGCCAACGCCAGCCAGGGCUACGUGGUGGAGUGGCAGGAAGCCACCUGCCUGCACGACUGCCCUGUUCACUGGACCAAGGUGGCCGCCGAGAGGGCCAACGUCUCCCUAGUAUCAGACUCCUUCCGGGCCGGUGUGCGGUACAUCCUCUCCCUCUACGGCUGUUCCCCCGACCGCACAGAGCUACUGCAGCGCUGGCAAGGAUACACACAGGAGCUUGUCCCCAUCAGUGCCGUCCCUUCCCUGACGACCAAUCAGCGAAACUCUGACAUCGAGCUGACCUGGCAGGAGAUCCCGGUGGCCGACCGGAGAGGCUUCCUCCUGGGUUACCGUGUCUACCUCAUAACGGACCGCCAGCUCACGCUCUUCGCCAACCUGAGCGGCCCUGGCAGCCGCAGCUAUACGGUGAAGAAUCUACCCGUCAAGUUCUAUAAGUUCACCGUGAAGGCCUACACCUCUGCCGGAGAGGACACGGGCUCCACCGCCAGCAUCACCAUGGCAUCAUACACGGAUUGGUUACUCUUGGAAAUCUUGGCUUCGCUGGGAAUCAUGACGUUAUUCCUGUUCAUCGUCACCUUUGUCUGCUACAAGAAGAGGAAAUGGGUGAAGAAAGCAUUCUACCCAGACAUCCCUGAGCCCAAGCUGGCUGGUGAUUGGUCCAGAACACAGGGCCCACUGGACGUGAAGCCCCACGCCAACAGCAUGGUGCACAUCGUGGAUGAGUCCGCCUGGGACUCCAGCAAGGAGAAGCUGGUGGUCAUCCCCGAGGAGGACGAGGACGAGGACGAGGAGCGGGGCGUCCGAGACGACCCGGUGGACACGGACGAGCCCAUGUCUAUUCGCUAUUACAACCAGGUGGUGGACGAGCGACCAAUCAGACCGCGUUACCCAGACUCCUCAGAGUCCUCCGCGUCGUCCUUGGACUCGGCGCGCACCGACGUGACGUACACGGGGAUCCAGACCUCGGGGUCGUCCCUCGCCUUCCGGGCCGAGCCCAUGUUCUCGCAGGGCGGGCAGCAGCCUCAGGGGGGUUUCCCUGUGUCUCCAGCGGGCAGAGGGGGAGGCUAUCGUCCUCAGGUGCAGCCUGAAGUGCCGGGCCCUGACCCUCUCCCGGUGGCUCCCCAGUCUUUCCCAGAGCCCCAGCCUGAAAAGGGAGGCUCAUUUGGGAGUUACCAGCCACAGUGCUCGUGGCAAUUGGACUCCCCAGGGGACGGGGACGGGGACGGGGACGGGGACGAAGGCAGCAUCGGCGCCCCUUCCAUGGGCUCGCCCACCUCGGUGGCCUCCACUCAGUUCCUCCUGCCCCAGGAGGAGGAGGGGGGAUCAGAAGGAGAGGGGUCGUCUUCAGCGACCACCUGGCUCCACAACCUGUUGUCCUCUACAAAGUCCUGAAAUACUCACUCACAGCAUAACCUGGCCCAAUAGGGGAAACAUUAUCCGUUUGCUUUCUCACUGUGCUGUGUCAAAGAAAUCCAGUCUAAAUGGGCUUAUCCUAUACCGAUAUGAACAGUUAAACAUUGAAAGAUUGGCUAUGUUCAUCCCACAUAUGUGGUCCCGUUUGUGCAAAGUAACUGGUAGUUUGAAAUUGUUUUUUCUUUCAGAAAUGGAAGGUGUCUUUGCUGGUUACAUUUUUAUUGUGCAACAUUAUUUAGCGUUGUAUCACACUGAACUCACAGACAAGGAGCUUUCUUUUGACAGUGAUUAAUGUUGACAUAGUAUAGAUGGGCAUUCCGAAAUGUCAUUUCAUGUGCUUCAACCCGGCAGAACCAUUGAA